AAAAUAUGGCUAACAUAAUUCGUUACUUUCUAAUAGCAAUAUUUAUUUUUAGAGCUCAUCCAGAAAUAUUUUCAGCGGAACAAUCAGACAACAUAACCGCAGUUACUGAAUGGAAGAUAAAUCAAAGAUCCCUUAUUGAUUGUUCACCAGGAAAGGUCUUUCUGCUGACUCCAGAAAAUUUCUAUGGCACCUCUGAAGGCGGUAUAUUCUUCGUAAAGUUUUACGAACCGAAUUGCAUUGGGUGCCAAAAUUUUGAGAGUAUCUGGACUGACUUGGCCAAAUCAUUUAAAGCCAAGGGAAAUAUUUGUUUUGCCGAACUGAAUUGUGAAUAUGCUAAAGUUAUAUGCAACGACUAUGAAUUACGCUACGAACCGAAUUUAAUAUGGCUUGAUAAUGGAUUUGAAGUUAGCCGAUAUGAUGGAGACUUAACUUUCGAGGAUGUUCAAAAAUUUGUUUUCAAAAUGAAUAGGGCGAAUGACACCAUUAACUCUUCUCCAAAAACGAUACAUUUUCAUACUUCUUGGAUUUUUGCUUUGACGAGAGGUGUGAUCAUGUUUAUGUACUAAAUGUCUUGGUUAGGUUUAAAUAUAUUUAUUUAUUUAUAGAAAGUUUGUUCACUUA